GCACCCGGCGGGCGCCAGCAGGAGACCGCCCCUCUGAACACGCCUCUUCUCCAGAGCCCGUGGUCGGCACCGCUGCGCGAGGGCGGUCAGCCCGCAUGUGGCCAGCGCGGUGCCCCGUCGCCGCCUGCCGGGCACUCGCCGGCGACCGUGACUCGUGCAUGGCUCCUUGGUGCGCGCAGUCCCCCGCUCUUCGCGAGCCCGGCGCGCCAGCUUGGCGAUGGCGGCCUCCCUCUCGAGCUCCUUGGCGACGUGCUCCAUCAGGGGAGGCGCCACCAUCACGACGCCGCCGCCCCGACCCUCCCCCUAUGA